GCGCGCGGCAGCAGCACUCCAAUCGCAUCGACUACGCCGAGCUUCAUCGCCGCAACCACCUCGACCGGUUCGCACCACCAACAGCGCCGCAGCAAGCACGACCGCUCCCGCAACCGCGGCGUCUCCGUCAUCCGCCGGACGGGCUUCCGCCCCCGCCAGACUUUCGCCGUCUCCGUUGAUGAACUGCCCCGCCCGGUUCUGGACCCGGCUCGCAGACCAAAGGUCAAGGUCGACGACGACCAUGGCCUGUGGCAGUUCUUCCACCCGGAGAAGAAGCUGCUGCAUACGCCUGAGGAGGACUCGGCGCACGGCCGCUCGUGGACAGUGCAGGAGCUGCGCUCCAAAUCCUGGGAGGACCUGCACGGCCUGUGGUGGGUGUGCGUCAAAGAGCGCAAUAGGCUCGCGACCGAGGCGUAUGAGCGCAAGCGCAUCGAUGCCGGCUACGGCGACUACGAGGCCCAGGGCCGCGACGAGACGAUCUGGAAAACGAUGAAAAACAUCAAGCACACGCUAACAGAGCGGUGGUACGCAUGGGAGAACGCGCGGCAAGACGCGCUCUCGGACGCCGAGGUCGACCUCUCCGGCUCCGGGCAGGCGUACAAGCCUAGCUACAACCCG